AAACAUAGCACAGUCAGAGAAGAGGAAGGGCUUCGGCUGAGGGUUUUUUUUUUGUUAGAGAUACGGAGGAGAAAGGAGCGUCUUGCGGACGGGAGCCGUUCAACAUUUGAAGAAAACCCGACUACACGUUCAUAUCUGUCCGUUAUAUAUUGAACUGACUGUCCAUCAGAAAUGGCCCAGGAGACAAACCAGAGCCCAGUGCCCCUGCUGUGUUCCACUGGCUGCGGCUUUUAUGGUAAUGCCAGGACAAACGGAAUGUGCUCUGUCUGCUACAAGGAGCAUCUCACCAGACAGCAGAGUAGUGGAAGAAUGAGCCCCAUGGGCUCAACAGGUAGUGCAACCAGCAGCCCCACGGCAGAUGCUGCAGCCAUCCAAAGACUAGAAUCUACCCUAAGUAACUCAGACGUUUCAUCCAUCUCUGUCGCAGACACAUCUAGAAGUACAUCUGCAGCAUCUCUGCCAGUAACGCAACAAAUGACAGAAAUGAGCAUUUCUCGUGAGGACAAAGUCACAUCGCCAAAGACCGACCCUGUGGAGCCAGUUGUCACCCAGCCCACUCCCUCUACCUCCCACUCGAGCUCUUCAGGUAGUGAUGAUGCCAAGGCCCCAGAAGUUCCUAAAACCAAGAAGAACAGAUGUUUCAUGUGCAGAAAGAAGGUUGGCUUAACAGGCUUUGACUGUCGGUGUGGAAACCUGUUCUGUGGAUUGCACCGUUACUCGGACAAACACAACUGCCCAUAUGAUUACAAGGCGGAAGCGGCUGCCAAAAUCAGGAAGGAGAACCCUGUUGUAGUGGCCGACAAAAUCCAGAGAAUAUAAAGACUCCUGUGUGUGACCUUUGACCUGAACACUGACACAAUGGGCUAGAGGACAUCGUUUGUGUGUGUGUGUGUGUGGGUGGAUUAUUAUUAUUUUAUUUUUUUUUUUUUUUAAAUCACAAUUUUAAAUUCUAUGCUGAUGCAUGAUCGAUCACUUUUCAUAUAAAAUGCAUUUAAAGCACAGACUUGGGCAUGAUGGUUAAAUGUCCUCCCAAAAUUUUCCCAAUGUUAAUUCUUGCAAAAAUUGGUGUUUGUGCCAAAACGGAACCAAAAUGAAUAUGUCUGAACUUGAACAUGUUUUAUUUGGAGGUACCAGACUGGAACUGGAUGUAGGGGAGGGUCUCAUUAGUUCCCUAUAAAAUGGGUGAUGCAAUGGAAAAGGAAGUGCCCCCCUCCCCUUCCUAAAGUAUAUUUAUGGGGUACUGUGGGGAAAACAAGGUGGGUCAUGUGACUCUGUGAUGAAGAUCCAGGUCUUUAGUAUUGUUUUCAAGCUCUCAGUAUCGGAUCAUGGAUGAUAUGCGGCAUUUGAUAUGCUUUCGAAUGAGAUUAACAGUGGCUUGUCACCCCUUCCUCCAAUCCCCUAAACAUGUUUUGUACAAGCUUAGAUGUGUCUGGUUCAGUUAACAUUUAAUGUAAGCCCCCCCCACCCCUCCUGUCUCUGAAAAGUUAUGUUGCAAUAUUGAGCCAUGGGGAGAGUCGUCGUGUGAAAGAUGGAGGGUUAUGUGCACCUUUUAUAGUCUCUUAAUAGCCUUUGUUUAAAAAGAUUAGCCUGAUAUUUAGCCUGCGGUUUCCUGAAAAUGGCACCCAUUUAAAGAAACACUUCCGCGUCAGUCUUCUCAUGUAGUCUUUCCCGGCCAAUAUCUGGCUAGCAUAUAGCUUCCAGCUGUUGUGUUGGUAAAACCGAAUUUAGUUUUCCAUGAGAAUUGUUAACUGUACUAAGGAACAGAGUGGUCUCUUACAGGGCCUUGCUGUCAGUUUAUCUCUAGGUGCUUGAUGUUGUGCUAUGGCUGUAUCAUUUUCUUCAAAACGGAGUAUAGACUAAAUCCUUUGUGCCCAAAUUGGAUAUCAUCAUUUAGAAUACUUUUAAGAAUAUUCCUUACCCGAAUAUAAAAUGACUAUUUUUAAAAGGAGUAUAGCUUGAACUGUUCUUUUCUGUAUUGUCUUCUUUUUGUAGUUUGAGUCUCCCAUUUUUUUAAACCCUAGCUAUGUGAAAACGUCACUAAUUGAAGCCGGCUGUGUACGUUGUCUUGCAGUUAGCUGUUGUGAUGGUGGUUUGAGGCCUGAAAUCACGCCCACUUUGCCUGCUCUUUUUCUUUACCUCCCCUCCCCCUCUCUCCUUGGGUCUUGGAGUGUAGUAUUAAUGAGUGUAUUGCAUGGAUUGCUUAUCUAAGGCAAUGAAAAAUAAUUGAAUUGUAGAAAUUGGCAAUAUACUUCACUAAUGCUUGGUCAAUAUUUUCACCUUUUGUAAUGCGUUUUAAUUCUUUUAUUUUCUAAUGUCUAGAGAUUGUGCUGAUAUGUACGUAUAUAUUCUGUGUAUGUGUACUCAAUGGGUUUAUGAAUUAGGCUGCAGAUCCAAACAUGUACCUUUCGUGCAUACAGGGGUGGAAAGAGCCCUCAUCACAAAUGGAAAUGUGGACCCAGAAUAAAACUGGCUGCUCUGGGUGUCCCAUUCGAGCUGAAUAUUUGUGUGUUUUGAUACACUUCUAAACAUAAUCCAGGGUGAAGCUUAUUGACUUAAGUGGAAGAUGCACUCCUCUCCUCUCCUUUUUCCAGUCCAGGGCUAAUGUGAUGAGUCUGCUCCUCUGGACCCCUGUGAAUUUCUAUACUUAGUCUAAUCUAGCGGUGUGGUAACACAUUGUAUUAUUUUUACAAGUGUCUUUUUUUUUUUUUUGUGUGUGUGUGUUUUUUUUUUUUUUUUUAUUUUUUAUUUAAAGGCAAGUGAGGUAGUCAUUUAAAUUAUGUAUCAUUCAAGUUUUAAUUUUGAACUUAGUUAUGCAAAUUUGUACAAACUUUAUAUUUAUGCAUUACGCCUAAUCUUGUUUCCCCAGCAUUAAUGCAAAAUAUCAUGUAAAUAAACGUCAUGUACAGAGAGACAUUAAA